AUGAAUCCGGAUCAGUCACCAAUUGGCGAACGCAGAGGUCGUCUACUUGCACCCCUACAGACCAAUUUCAGCCGACCAGCUGCUCAAAAACGGUCCCAACGCCCUCGGCCAACUGAAUAUCCCAGCAUCAAUGGAUCAGAGGGUCCCAUUCCGCUCCAGGGCCCGGUUAAAAGGCAAUCCUCCAAGACCAGUCUGCGCAGUCUCUUUGGUCACAAGCCUUUGCGCGCAGAUUCCAAAUUAGAGGAGAUUGUAGAGGCACAGCCAGAACCUCAAACUGCCAUUCUCUUGGAAACUACCCUGUCGCCCUCUAUUUUAAGCCCUCAAAUUAUAGACUCCAAUCUCACCAAUACCUCCCCAACAGAACGAUCACGCACAACAUCAAGAUCCUCCCGUUUGAAAACGGCCCCCAAACAUACGAACCAGGAACAGUAUGGCUGGAAGUCUCCCCCACUGUUCCAGGCCUAUCCCCAAUCUAUCAAGCAUGCCUGCCUCCCGGCACCUGCUCUCACUGCGGAUUCCAUCUUGCGUCUGCACGUCACCAGUGCAAGGAGUUCUACCGACGAUAAUCCUGCCAAUCUCUUAGAGCAGAGCGAGGCCGCUGAUGCUGCUCGUAAAAAGCGAGAACAAAAGCAACGGAAGCACCUCCGGACGGUAUCUGGUACUAUCAACAAGGUGGAGUGGACUCAGAAAAUAUAUGUCCUAUCAACUACUGGAUGCAUCCUCCAAUAUGCAGGCGAAGGGAAACACGACCGUCUUCCAGAGAGAAUGCUGCUGCUAGGGCCCAAGUCUGUCGCAUUUGCUAGUGAUGCUAUUCCUGGAAAACAUUGGGUAGUCCAGGUCUCUCACAAUCCGACAGCCGAUGGUUCCGCCGUGCCGGAGCCCCCAAGGCCUCGAUUCUCGCGCUUUGGCUUCCACAGGCCUAAUGCCCGGCGGUUUUCGCACAAUUUUCUUUUGGUGCUCGAAAACCCCGAUGAUAUGAUCGGCUGGUUGGUGGCCGUUAGGGCUGAGAUCGAAAAACGGGGAGGACGCAAAUUUACGCAAGAGAAGCAGUUGGAUGAAGACACGAUGCCUCAGCUACAAUCCAAAUCAAGCGUUCGACAAAUGGUAAAGAAAGAUCCCCAUCGUAUUUCCAGUCUUUUCCUUCAACCCCAGACUCUCCUAUCGCCCACUGAGGAAGAAGAUGGUCAAUCUGUCGGUGCUACAUCAUGGCAAUCUCGCCGCAGUUCAUGUGUCUCGGUAAAUCGUCGCUCGGUGAUUGAUUCUCGGUCCGGAUCAGUGUCAACUGUAAGAACUGAGGCCACAAAUGCUACCAACAGGUCUGCUUCUAUCGGGUCUGACAUGCGUUCUUCGUCAUUCACUUCUUCCAAUAUACCCCACUCGCCACCAAUAGGCACCGGUGCUUUCAGGCCCGGUGAGCCUGUGCCGGAAGAGCUUGACCGUAUCUACACUCGCAGCCCGCCUGUUUCCAGUUUGCAUACGCCUCUGCCACCUCAGCCUCCCCCCAUUACCGAAUUUAUAGAGGAGCCACAAGUGGAUCACUCAUUGUCCGUUGCCGAAGCUCUCAUUCGAUGUACUUCACCUCCAGCACCUAAUUUCAGUGUCCCCUCGUUCAGCAAGAAAUUCGUUCCGAGAUCUGGGACAACCCCGAUCCCCCAUGCCUCUCCUCCUUCAUCAAUUAACGGCUUCGCACGCCGCACCGAGACCGACCCAAAUAUGUCCACCUUAGCAUCCCCUUCUCAAACUCCGACAUUCAGCGUAGCUAGUUUGCGCCAUGCGGACUCAACAGAAGCCAGGCGCAGACUACGACCGUCAAAUUCAGAGGAUGCCCUGACCAAAACCGUCCGUUCAACACAGAAUAUCCAACUUUUCUACCGGCCGCCCAUAACGGCGCCUCCUACAGGUCCUCUGCCUGAUCCCAGAGCAUCUUCCCGUCCACUCAGCCUGAUGGACGGCUCUAGCAUGAGUCGGAAACCCAUCAAUAUAACCCAGGUCCAACCUGCUCCUCCACCGAAAGACCCAAUACCGCGCCAGAGAGUCUCCGCUGUGUAUCCGGACAAUCAAGCUGCUCAGAGCAUGUUGCGCCGCAAGAGCAUGCCAGGUCUGGGUUUAAUCGGACCUCCAUCUGCACCACCCCCCAACUGCCCACUCCCUAAGCUGCCCUCACCCGCCCCUUCUAUCGCAAACACCAGUACACCUGCUUCUUCAACCGACACGACCGCAUCACAUAUGCUAUCCGCAUGGUCUGUGACAUCUCCAAUGCAACGGUUCUACGGAUCCGAGCCAGUGCGGGAUCACCUCGAAGAUCGGAAGAGCGGUGCUCAUUCUGCAAGCAAUGACCCAGCAAGGGAUGCCCCACAAAAUGCUCGACAUUCAAAGCUGAUCAAGAGUCCCCUGGUCUAA